AAAAGCAUCCUGCAAACCUAUCUGUCACAGCAUAUUCAUACUUCUUUGGAGCUUUACUGAUGGUAACUACAUCAUACUUCGUAACCGAUGAGUCAACUGACUGGAGUUUGAAUCAGUCUGAAACAUUUUCCGUUUUAUAUGCUGUGAGUAACUAGAAAUUCAAAUCAAUCUUUAUCCUCAUGAGUCAUUUUUAGUUAUAUCGCUAAUCAUUUUGGUCCAUUCACUGUUAGUUGUUUUAUUUGAUUCAUCAAAUUUCUUUUUUCUUUUUGUAUUUCUUUAAUGGAAGCCAUUCUAAAUAAGGAUUUCUCUGAUAUGUUCUGGUAGUGUGGUUUCGUUCUGUGUGGCCAGGAAAGAGUGGGAAGUAUACUUAAACUAGCAGCAGAUGUGAAAUAGGUCAUGAAUGUCAAUGAAAUUUGUAUGCUGUGCUGUUUUUUUUAGCUGUUGUGAUAGUGACACUGAGGAAGAAGUGUGGGUUACUGGAGUCUGGAACUGAGUGCAGUCACAUGCAAACAGAACAAACAACAAAAAGUAUAAACUCUGCAACUCAUUGGAUUGACCAGUUUGUUUUAUCAAAUAGAUAAGAGUUGGAUAUCAAACAACUCUGCAACUCAAGAGGAGUACAUUAGAGAUCUUUUAUGAAUCGUUCGAUGAGGAUUUUGAUAACAGAUGGAUUGUGUCUGGGAAGGAAGAAUAUAAUGAUCGUUAAAAGCAACGGUUUUGGAUUCAAAUCUCAACAUCAUUGCUUCCGAGUUAAUCCACUUCGAUUCAGAUUUACCGCAUUACAAAACCAAAGACGGUGUUUACAGAGACCAAUCCAUCAAUGGAAGAAUCGUUUCUCCCACGUUAAUGUGGGUGGAAGCACUCGAUCUCAUUUUGCAGAAACUCUCAAAAUCGAAUUUGGAUUUCUCCAAAAUUGCCGCUGUUUCUGGUAGUGGACAACAACAUGGAAGUGUUUACUGGAAAAUUGGAAGUUCUAAGAUAUUAUCAGCAUUGGAUUGUAAGAAGCCUUUGUUGGAACAGCUUGAGAAUGCUUUUUCGGUUAAGGAGACGCCGAUUUGGAUGGAUUGUAGUACGGCGGUGGAGUGUAGGGCGAUAGAGGAGGCUUGUGGGGGGGCUUUGGAGUUGGCGAGAGUGACAGGGUCGCGCGCUUAUGAGAGGUUUACGGGGCCUCAGAUUAAGAAGAUAUUUGAUCAGCAGCCUGAGGUUUAUAAUGAGACGGAGAGGAUUUCGCUUGUUAGCUCAUUUAUGGCAUCGGUUUUUAUUGGGGGGUAUGCUGCUAUUGAUCAUUCGGAUGGUGGAGGGAUGAAUUUGAUGGAUAUUAAAGCAAAGGCUUGGUCUAAAGUUGCACUUGAGGCAACUGCACCUGGUUUGGAGUCAAAACUUGGAGAUUUGGCUCCUGCGUAUGCUGUUGCAGGAAAUAUUGCUUCAUAUUUUGUGGAGAGGUAUCACUUUAACAAGGAUUGUUUGGUCAUUCAAUGGUCAGGAGAUAACCCUAACAGUGUGGCAGGAAAAAUUUAGAUGCAGAUACAUGGAAGUGAAGGUAGCAGGACUUUCAAAGUUAUGGAUACAUCAACAUACAAAUAUAAGAAAAGGAUUUUUAUUUUAUUUUAUUUUAUGUGAAAAUUCAAAUAUAAAAAAUAAUAAUAUGGAGUUGGAUAUAUACUAAGAUGUUAAGGAUAUGAUUUAUUUUGUAAUUAGUUUUUAUCAAUAUUAUAUGAAAUCAAUUUUUUUAUAUUGAA